UUGGUUCCUUGGCGUCAUCAGCCUCCUCCUCGUCUCUCUCUCUCGGCCGCACAAUUGCCCGCACAAGACCACGUAGCCAAGUUCUGCUUUUGAGCUCGCCAGGAAACCCUCGGAUGCCCAAGGAAACAUCCGACGAUGGACUUAGUAUCGACGGCAUGGAGCGUCUUCACCACGUGCUACUCGGUCUACGAAGUGGUCAGUGAGGCCAUCGAGCUGAACACCGAGUCGCAACUCUGGAAUGUCCAGAUGCGGGUCGAGCGCGUCAGGUUCGAGGUUUGGGGCCGGACGUUGGGGUUUCUCGACGAGAAGACGGGGGCUCCCAAAUCUUUGGACUCGGCCGACGGGACGAUAAAAGACGGGGGCCUGAGUGACAUCGUCCAGGUCGAGACGGCGAACAAGCUCAUCUGCGACCUGCUCCGGGCGAUAUCGUCGGUCCUGAACGAGUUCCGCGAGACAGCCGAGAAGUACAGCUUGGGUGAGAAGUAGAGCUCCUCGGAUCCGGCCGCCUCAAGCAGCCGACGCGAGAGAGCAGCAGCCGGGCUCAGCAGGGCUUGGUCUGGCACCAAGGUGUUCACCAAGCACGUCAUCUACGUGCUGACGGACAAGGGCCUCGUUGAGAGUCUCAUUCAGAAACUGAGCGGGUUGAACGACUCGCUGGAAAAAGUGCUUACCCUUCCCCAGAAGGUCCAGUAUGCCAAGGCGGUUUCGGCGGGCGU